AUGCCGGAACCUAUCUCGACUCGCGUCGGCCACGCUUUGGUCAGAGUCUUGGGUCUUGACUUGGGUCCAGCAGAACCGCCGGUGAGAGAUGACAAUGGUCCUUUCAGCUAUGUUGAGCAUGAGCCUACUGCCACGGACUGGGUUCAUUCUCAUACACCAACCGCCCCUCAAAUCCGUCGCUACUUUGUCAAUAUGUUUCCAUUUCUCCAGUGGAUUGUGUUUUACAACACGCAGUGGUUGAUUGGGGAUCUUGUCGCUGGCAUUACUGUCGGUGCGGUUGUCAUCCCUCAGAGUAUGGCUUAUGCCGAAUUAGCCAAACUGCCCCCAGAGUAUGGUCUAUACUCUUCAUUCAUGGGGGUUUUGGUUUAUUGGUUCUUUGCGACCUCAAAGGAUAUCACCAUUGAACCCGUCGCCGUCAUGUCUACACUAGUCGGCUCGAUCCUCAUCAGGGUUCAAGCAGUUCACCCAGAGAUCCCCGGUCCAACUAUCGCUUCUGCUUUGGCAAUUAUCUGCGGUGCGAUCGUGGCUUUCCUCGGGUUUCUGCGUCUUGGAUUCAUUGUUGAUUUCAUUUCGCUGGGAGAGCUGCCUGCUGCCGUCAUUGUCCUCUUGAUUGAGCACAUUGCUAUCUCAAAGUCAUUCGGCCGGGAGCAUACCCAGCGACAGGCUCGUUCUCACGAACUGCCAUCAAAGCAAAGUGUGGCCGUUGUUCUUCUACAUUCCGAAAUCCUCUUUGUCGGCCGUCAUCAUGCGGUAGGCGACCUCAUCACGCCACCGAAUGUCACAUAUCAGUUUUGGCGCGUUUCUCCAAUCGACGCCCUCAUUUUCUUGAUGGGCGUUAUUGUGAUCAUCUUCUCGACCAUCGAGACCGGGAUCUACUGCACAAUCUGUGUAUCCCUCGCGGUCCUUCUGUUCCGAACCGCCAAAGCUCGAGGCCACUUUCUCGGCUAUGUCCGAGUUCAUUCGGUCGUCGGCGAUCAUCUCCUGGAUGGGUCCCAUCGAAGCAUAACCGUCGACUUUGACGCUGGCAACGGCCGACGAGUCUGGCUCCCGACCUCGCAUCAUGAUGGUACAAACCCCUAUGUCAAGGUCCACCAGCCUGCCCCUGGAAUUUUCGUGUACAGGGUGUCAGAUGGGUUCAGCUACCCAAAUGCGAAUCACUAUACCGAUCAUCUCGUCAAGCGUAUCUUCGAGACGACCCGUCGCACAGACCCAGAAGUAUGGGAAACACCAGGAGACAGGCCAUGGAAUGAUCCAAGUCCUACAAGUGCCGAACGAAGGAUGCUCAGAGAACAGGGACCCACAACCACACCCCUUCCAACCCUCCGAGCGGUUAUCCUCGACUUCUCUGCCGUGAACAACAUGGACGUAACAUCUUGUCAGAAUCUGAUUGACAUACGCAACCAACUCGACCGCUGGGCAGCUCCAAGCAGAGUACAGUGGCACUUCGCCCAUGUCAACAACAAAUGGACAAAGCGUGCUCUCGCAGCAGCAGGAUUCGGUAGUACAUCCAAUAACGGGACACACAAGACCAAAGCAAUCUUCGAUGUGGCAGAGAUAGUAAACGACGGCACAUCCCCCGUAUCAUCAUCCCCGUCCCAAAUAUUCAGUCCAAAAGAAGAAUAG